AUGAACGGAGGAGAAAAGUUAGAAUCUAUCCCGAUUGAUCUCAUUAUUGAGAUACAUUCAAGAUUACCAGCGGAGUCAGUCGCAAGGUUUCGCUGCGUGUCGAAGCUAUGGGGGUCUAUGUUUCGCCGUCCAUAUUUCACCGAGCUGUUCUUGACCAGGUCGCGUGCUCGUCCACGUCUCUUAUUCGUCCUCCAACACAACCGUAAAUGGAGCUUCAGCGUCUUCUCUUCGCCUCAAAAUCAGAAUAUAUAUGAGAAGCCGUCUUUUGUAGUAGCUGAUUUCCACAUGAAGUUCUCUGUAAGCACGUUCCCAGAUUUUCAUAGUUGCUCUGGUUUGAUCCAUUUCUCUAUGAUGAAAGGCGCAUAUACAGUGCCGGUGGUAUGUAACCCUCGCACGGGACAAUAUGCGGUCCUACCUAAACUGACAAGGACAAGGUACGAAAAUUCGUAUAGCUUUGUAGGGUAUGAUCCGAUUGAGAAGCAAAUCAAGGUACUGUUCAUGUCUGAUCCAGAUAGUGGUGAUGACCAUAGAAUUCUGACGUUAGGAACAACUGAAAAAAUGUUGGGGAGGAAGAUCGAAUGUAGCUUAACCCAUAAUAUAUUGUCUAAUGAAGGGGUAUGCAUCAAUGGAGUUUUGUAUUACAAAGCUUCCCGAAUUGUUGAAUCGUCAUCUGACGAUGACACGUCUGAUGAUGAUGAUGAUGAUCAUGAACGGUCUGAUGUGAUUGUUUGCUUUGAUUUUAGGUGUGAGAAAUUCGAGUUUAUUGUCAUAUGCUUUUAUGGCCAGUUGAUAAAUUCCGUCCAGUUAUCACUAAAACAAAAAUCUCACCAGAAACUUGACUUAAUCAUAUAG